AGCUGCAGCUCCUCCCGCUCAAAUCACGCACGCAUAAGACCCACAUGCGGUCACGUGGUAACAAACUCAGUGCUUACCACUCGAUAAUGUCCAGAUUCAUUCCGAACUAUGUGAAACAGGAAGCCGAAAGACCUGUGGAGAUGACGACGUACGUACCAAAUGCGUCCCUCAUGUGACGGGAUAGGAAAUCGAUCUUAACUGAACACAUCUCUGUAUCCUUAUCUCAACACAUGCACCCCUUAUAUAAAUGGAUCAGCACCAUAUGUUGGUGAGGCCAUUCAGAGCAGUAGAGCACGCACACGGCACACAGAAACAAAGAGAUCCAUCCAUGGCGCCCUCCAAGUGCCACCUCCUCGCCUUGUUCCUCGCCAUCGCCAUGAUCGCCGCCAUGCCACAGCCUUCGGCGGCCGUCAAGCCUGAACCCCCUACUUCCUCCACCACCGCAGCACAACCACCGAAUAAUCCGAGGGUACGACCGGCCUGCUUGUGGCCGUUUUUGUCACCGAUACUGUGUCCGAUUUUCGCUCCGAUUUUAGGUUCAAUUUUAUGUCCGCCCUCGCCGCCAGCGCCGCCAAGUCCACCAAUGCCACCACAGCCGAAAGAGUGUCUGCCAUCGAUUAUGGGGCUGAUGCCAUGCAAGGACUUCCUCACCAACCAAACGGCACCGCCGCCUCCAUACCCAGGCAAGUGCUGCGACGGCCUUAAGUCGCUCAUGAAAGACACGCCCAUCUGCCUCUGCCACUUAGGAGACGGUGGCUUCGACCAGGUCUUGUCGGCACACAUGAUUUUAGAAAACUUCGUCGGUCUCAUGGAUAUCUGCAAAAGCGACAUUCCCGCUGAUUAUGGAAGUUGCUCGGGACCCGUGCCACCGGUGAGGGCACCUGCCCCAGGAGCUGCUCCAUAAUGAGGCUAAAAUCAGAGCCACGGUCGUCAUAGCAUUAAGAAAGUCAGAAAGAAGAUGAAGCUAUGGUGCCGGACGUAUCGUCGUUCAAGAUCUAUCAGUAGUGUCCAUUGGUGCGAUUAGGGAGAAAUUUUAUUAGUUACGGUCGUCCAUUAUAUGUAGCUUCAUUGGUGUGUCAAUGUCGCAGAAAGUUUGAGAAAUUUUAUCAGUUAAGGACAUCCAUUAUUAUAUACUAGGAAAAUUGCCCGUACGUUGCAACGAGAAUAAAAGCGAAGAAUCUUCUUCGAACACUCUGGGUUGACUAUGACUUCUCAUGCAUCGGUAAUGGUGCUAGGCGCGAGGAAUUUGUAAAUUUAAUAAAUUUUGCUACGCCAGCUUCUAUUC